AUGCCAAACCCCGAACUUGUCACACUGCCAGGAAACAGCGAUGUGCUUCGCGAGGCGUCUCAUAUGGCCAACAUUGCGCGCUUCUUGCAUCUGUGGAAGCAUGCCCGAGCACUAGUUGGGACAUAUGGAACCUAUACCACAAUACGCAAUACCACUGUUUUCCGCCGCGCAUCCGCUCCCCGGUCGCGUUCAAGUACCGUAGAGCCAUCCGACACAGAGAUAUUUCUCUCCCUCGAUGCGGCCGAGACUGCCAUCAAUAGCGCACAACCCGACGGCGCCGCCAAAGACGAUCUGCACUUCUUCAACAGCCUCUGGGAAACCACAAUCGCAGUUCUCGAAGAUAUCCUAGCCCACGGUCCAUUGCCCCAGGAACUUUUUGGCUGGGGCAUCUUCGCUCUUUCAACCGGCUACCUUUACUCUCCAUGCGACCGGGAUAUCUUCAGCAACCACAAGCAUCGCCUUCGUUCAGCUUUGAAGAUGAUGCCAUCACUGCACGGACGGAGGAGGAACGAAUACGUCAUAUCUGGGAGUAUAAGCAUAGAGAUGCAUGUGAAGGCAAUGAAGGAGAUUCACACCGUGGGCCAUAUUUUGCUCAGCAGGUUUAGACAAGACGGGUGGAAGAAGGUGAGAUGGUAUCAUGCGACCAGGGUUGCGGAGAGAUGGAUACAAGCGCUUGGUCUUGUGCCUGAAGAAAGGGUAGAGAAGGCGAAUGAAAUGGGCUCUGAGGACCAGGAAGCGCGCUCUGCGUUUACCUUUCCUUGA